CGAUAGGACUUUCUAAAAUUAGGGCUGAUGAUCCAUAAAGGAUGAUCACCCGCACGCCAAACCCUCCUUUCAUGACCCGUCGUUUUUUCCUAUUUUAAGUUUUCUGUUCUUUUCUUCCUUUUAUUACACCUCAUAUGAAACAGAGAAGCGCAAGAUGAGAUUAGACUUAUUUGACAUGGCUUCCCUCUGAAACAGACCAGACCUCUAACAAAAAAAAACUAACAAAAACAACACGAUAUACUCCGCCAAUGGUGCCACGAUUAUUCCCCGGUGUGCCUCCAUGUCCCUCCGCCGGCUUCUUUCCUGCGUGCUCUCCCUCCUCCUGCCAUUGGCGAUAGCAAGCAGCCUUUACCUCUAUUUUUACCCUGUCUUUCAUGGCUGCGCAUUUCCACUCCCUGCGGAUAAUCAUACAGGGCUCCUUUCGAAUUCGUUUACCAGUGCGCUCCGCCAACACCUUUCACCGCAAUCUGCAGAGGACCCCGCGAUCUUCAGACUUCUGGUCCUAGCGGAUCCCCAGCUAGAAGGCGACAGCUCUCUCCCGAAACCCGAAGAUGAGCUUCCAGCUCGGAUUCAACAUCACUGGGUGGCAGUAAAAUCAUCGGUGAACAAGACGGAGCCUCGUCAAUUCCUCACCGCCGUCUCAACCGCAUUGAACUCCUUCGCCAGCGAAGAUAUCCCUCGCGCCUUACGUGCAGCUCGGAAACGGCUCGAUCUAUUGGGCAACGACUACUACCUUGCGCAUAUUUAUCGCACGCUACAUUGGUGGAGUCGCCCAACGCACGUCACAGUCCUGGGUGACCUGAUCGGGAGCCAGUGGGUGACAAACGAGGAGUUUGAUCGACGCGGCCGCAGAUACUGGGAGCGGGUCUUCAAGGGUGGCGAGCGCAUUGCCGAUGAUAUUACAACAACUGGCGCAAGGAAUUAUAGCGGUGACGAGAAGCAGAGUGAUGAACUGGAGACACUCAAUGCUACGCAUUCCGCAUGGACACAGAGGAUCAUCAACAUUGUCGGGAACCAUGAUGUAGGAUACUCUGGGGAUGCAAGUGAAGCGCGGAUUGAGCGGUUCGAGCGCGUGUUUGGCCGUGCGAACUGGGAUGUGCGAUUUCAACUCUCCCGAGAGCAGGUCGAUAACGCGACUGCACCCCUCAAUGCUCCCCCGACUCUGCAUCUGAUCAACCUCAACACCUUAACUCUCGACUCCCCGGCCCUGUCCUCGGACGUCCAGUCGCAUAGCUACAGCUACAUCAACGAUUUGAUCUCCCAUCGUUUGUACCCUGUGGAAGACCGCACGACAUUCACUCUCCUUCUUACCCACCUGCCCCUACACAAGCAGGAGGGUAUAUGCACCGACGGCCCUUACUUUACAUUCCAUGAAUCAGACGACGAGAAUGGGCCCGACGAUGUACCGCGCUUUAAGGAAGGAGGACUGAAAGAACAAAACCAUCUCAGCGACCACAUCAGCAGCAGCGGAGUCCUCCAGGGGAUUUUCGGCAUGACAGGGGACGAAAGCGCCCCCGGCGGAGGAAGGGGACGGAACGGACUCAUUCUGACAGGUCACGAUCACACGGGUUGCGACGUGGUCCACUUUGUGAACCGAACUGUAGGUACAACAAUCGCUGAAGACUCCGACUCCGAAAGUUGGAAAUGGGACGCAAAACGCUACGAUAGCGCUGUUGAUAACUCUACGCCCGCCAUUAGAGAGGUCACCCUUCGCUCUAUGAUGGGUGAAUAUGGCGGUAACGCAGGCCUGCUUUCUCUCUGGUUCGAUACUACUGUGAAUGAAUGGCAGUAUCAGAUCACGAUGUGCAUGGCUGGUGUGCAGCAUAUUUGGUGGGCGGUGCAUGUCAUUGAUCUGGUGACUUGUAUUCUUCUUCUUGGGUAUAUACUGGCUGUCUUAGGGUCGAAACCAAGACUUACAAAGAUAGAGGUUGGACAGGAGAAGAAGAGGAAUUAAUGACCAGUCAUUAAUAUCCCUGGGAAGGAGUUGCUGUAUUUUGCAGCUGAGACGACCUGGUUUUAGGGGCCAACAGGUAUAGAUUUCUUGUACUUAUCAUUAUAUAGGGAAAGGGUGAUAUGUUCUGUGGACUUGUAUAUUAUGACAUAAACCAACCAUCAAUGUACUUUACGAUUACAUGCAAACAACGAUCCUUGGGCCCGGCUGGAAUUAGUUCCAUCACCACUAGAUAAAGAGAAUGACCUACUGCGAUACGGAGGAGUAUUUACGCACGAAGAAGGAAUGUAAGA